AUGUCGGCCGCAGCGCCGGCGAUGGAGCGUCAGGGGCAUGAGGACGAAGCCGGCGAAACCCCGGGCAACGCCACCUGCCAGGAGGUUGCCUGUAUUGGAGAGUUUGACAAGGCGGCUGCUGUCGUUCUUGUUGUUGGCGAUGUUGCCGCCGCUCGGGGAGGAGGUUGCAGCGGCAUCGUGGGCGAAGAGGGGCACGGCGGCCUUGCGGAUGGCGUUGAGGGUGGAGAAGUAAAGGGCAGAGCCGAAACCUGUGCGCAAGGCUGA